AUGGCCUCCGCUGAGCUCGCAAACGCCUACGCCGCCCUCAUCCUCGCCGAUGACGGCGUUGACAUUACCGCUGAUAAGCUCACUACCAUCAUCAAGGCCGCUGGUGUCGCUGAUGUUGAGCCCAUCUGGUCCAGUCUCUUCGCCAAGGCUCUCGAGGGCAAGGAUGUGAAGGACCUCCUCCUGAACGUCGGCUCAGGUGGUGGUGCCGCUGCUGCACCUGCUGCUGGCGGUGCUGGCGGUGCUGCUGCCGGUGGUGACGCCGCUGACGCCCCGGCUGCGGAGGAGAAGAAGGAAGAGGAGAAGGAGGAGUCUGACGACGACAUGGGCUUCGGUCUGUUCGACUAA